AUGCUUAACAAGAUUGGUCUCACAAUUCAUUGGGACACAUUGAUGAACUUUCUUGACAAGCAGCUAGACAAGAAGACUGCACAUAUAACUUCACUGACACCAAAAGAACUUCCUUUGCUGCUUCUAAUGGAUAAUAUCAACAUAUACCGAGGUAACAAACAACAUCACAGAUUGUUUAAAGCCUAUGGUGAAAACAUGUGGAAUUUUACUAUAAGAGGUCUACUAAUACCCCGUCUAGAUAAUUUAGAAGAUUUGUUUGCGUGCAAGGAGACAGCCACACAGAGUCAAUGUGAUGUGACUGAAUUCACAUUCAAAGAUAUUUCCAUUGAGAAUAAUGGAGAACACUUUGAACUUUGGAACAGCGAUAAAGACAACUAUUUAACAGAACUGUUAAAGGAUGGUUUAUGUCCACGCACUGACAAAGCCCUGAAAGAUAUGUCUGAAUCAGACUGUAACCAUUGUCUGUCCACCAAAACGUACAAUGUCACAGAUGAUUUAAAGAUUUCCCCGAAAAGUAAUUGUGACACAUCUCUUUCAUGAAUUAAGUCAGACACUGUUAUUUUGCCUCUCUGUGUGGAAAAUAACAGCAACCUUACUGGAACAGGUGUAAUUUUGGAUCAGUUUGGAGAAGAAUUUUAUAUUCUGAAAGUCUCACAUGUGGAAAAUCUUCCUUUUGACAGUAAUUCCAAAUCUUUUUGUUUGAAGAAGGCAAGAGAUCAUACUGAAUUUAUGCUUAUGAUGAGUCAUCACAAGAAACAAAUGAGGCAGUAUGAUUCUCAACUUUCCAGUGCUGAGAACCAUGGGGCUAUGGUUUCCAAUGAAAGUGAAGAUGACUCAAGUGAUGAAGAUGAUAGUGAUAAAGAUGGUGAAAGUGAUGAGGAUGAGCCAGACAGUGGCAAUGUAGGAAUACCUAGACCUGAAACAACUGUCAAAAAUGUGCAAAAGGUGUUUCGUCGAGAAGACCAGGUUUUUAUCAGUACAUUUGAUUCAAUCAAAAAUAAACUUUGGAAUUCAAUUCAGUCGGAUACCCUGGAAGGAUUUGUGAAGGAGCUGUCAGACAACACACAGGUGAGACAUUUACGAGACCACCUUGGCCGUUCAAUAUUGCAUAUUGCAGUGGAAAAGCAGAAUAUAAAUCUUGUCGAUUGUCUACUUCAUGCUGGAUUUAAUCCAAAUGUAAAAGAGACAUGUGGCAUUACUCCUCUGCUAAUUGCAGUUACCUUGAAGAACAAGGCCACUUGUCAAUUGUUGGUGAAUAGUAGAGCUUGUUCAAGAGGACCACUCUUUACUAAUAUUCCAAGCCCACUAGCCAUUGCCCUGAAAAUAGAGUUGGCUGAGAUUGUUGAAAUUUUAAAUCCAUGUGUGUCUGAUGCUGAAGAUGAUGACAUAGCAGCAUAUGAUCCAAUUUUUUCACGAUCCACCAAUUUACCCAGAACACACAGUGAUAGUGUGGUGACUAAAAAUUUUCAGAGAGCCACUCCUGGAUUUAUUACUGGAGUUGUUGGUGAUGUUGGCACAUGUAAGACCAAUUGCGGUGUUAUUUCUCGAUCAACUGCCUACAACUUGGUGGGCAUCAUCCCAGGAGAUCUACAUACUGAAGGGUAUUUUGCAGAAUCCUGUUUUAAAGAGCAAGGCCCUGGUGGAUUUCAUUACCGGAUUGCCAAGGUCCUGAAAAGACCAAAGCUGACAGUGGAAGCAUUCAAGAAGAAGUUAGCUGAAGGUAAAUUGGAUCAAAUAAGAAAAGCAGUACGAGAUGGAGCAAGAGCAUAUGGUUUGGCAGCAGUAUUGGAAUUUAAAGAAUCAGAGUUGUACCCAACCGAAGCUGAGAUGUCCCAGUGGCUUCGAGCAACAGGCAGUCACUCUAAAUUGCUUCUUGAACACUUUAAACUCUGGCUUGAUCAUUCAAUAAGCACCAGUACUGCUUUCAAAUACAGAAGUCAGAUGUUCCUGUUUUACGGACCAAUGUUGGAGCUAUUUGAUUUAUCAACAAAACAUUGCUGGGGAAAAGCAAGAGAAACAACUUACAUUCUUCAGUUACCAGUUUAUGCUCAACUGAACUUUAGAAAUUAUUACUCAGAGUCUUUCCAACCAUGUGGUCAAUCUCCUUGGUAAAUGGCCACUUGCUUUCCGACAGCUUUUGGCGAACAAUUGCUCCAUCAACAUAUCUGGACGAAAGGGAUGUGGAAUUGAGCUUGAUGCUUUUGUGGAAGCAGAAAUUGUGCAACCCCUCAAAGUGUACAUGUCAGGUAUGAUUCAUGUAUUUUUUGUGCUUUUGUGCUGGUUUUGCCCUGUUUGUGUGUGUGUUAAACUUGUAUAAUUUUUUAAUAUUACCACAUGAUUAAUUCAUAUACAGAUUUUGUAGUGGCAGGUCUACACCCCCCGCCCAAUAUUUUGCACCACCUCAGAAAGUUUUCUCAGCCCACCUAGAGAAAUUUGCACUGUAAAUAACAGUAUACUGUGUUUGAAACAAGGAUGUUGAACUAAAUGAGAGCAUGAGACCAAAUAUUUCCUAUGGGAUUCACCCCCUUUGACACCAGAAUGUGCCUCCAGACCCACCUUGCUCGGCAGCACUAAGUGCCCCCUCACUCACACCCCCCUGAAUUUUCACAAUCCCCCAGAGCAAAAUCUGAAAUCCAUCUAUGGAUUAAUUGGCUGUAUUUCCCAACUUAAUUUGUUGUUUUUUUCAGGCCACACAUCAGUUAAGAUGUGCCAAAGGGUGAUGGGCUCUAUAGAUCUUUUUAAAGCAAGCAGGGGAGCAUACACUUCGAAGACGGGGUUUGACGAGCACACAACCACUCGACAUUCAGUCGCCGACCCCUUUGCUGACCAACUGAAAGGUGCCUGGUUCUGUUUACGAAAUGGUUUGUUGGAUCCUAAGAGAGAACCUGAAGAAAUCCCUUGCUGUUACCCAUUAGAUGGUCAAGGAAAACCUAGUGGUAAAGUGUCAAAGGCUUUUCUUGAUGUUACUGAGAAAGGAGUAAUAAAAAUUUCUCAAAACUUUAAGUUUAAGUUAUAUGAUUCAUUUCCUGAUUUGAGGUAUCAGCUUUUAACUGAUAAAUAA